ACAAAGUCUUUUACGAGUUGAAGCAUGUUUAAAUAAACCUUCUUCAAACCUUAUGUAGAUAAAAAUGAAGUGAUUUUUUUUUUAAUGAAAAAGUCAGAGUGCGGACAUUCAGCUUUUGCACGUGAUCCAACUGGAAUAUGAUGCAAUCCAUAAUCAGUGGGAAUAUGACCAACAACUCUGAACAUUGUGACUGGUACGCCCAUCGAAGUACAGCAAGGAUCCUGAUGCCACUGCAUUACUGUAUUGUUUUUGUUGUGGGACUUCUAGGAAAUGCAUUGGCGUUACAUGUUAUACGGCCAAACCUAAAGAAGAUGAAUUCCACCACCUUGUAUUCUACCAAUCUCGUCGUUUCUGAUAUCCUUUUUACUCUGUCACUGCCAAUGCGCAUUGUAUAUUAUGCAUUAGGUUUCCACUGGCCAAUGGGUGAUGCUCUUUGUAGGAUUAACGGUUUGAUUUUUUACAUCAACACCUAUGCUGGAGUGAACUUUAUGACAUGUUUGAGUGUGGACAGGUUCAUUGCUGUAGUCUUGCCUCUUCGCUUUAGCCGUUUCAGGAAAGUACAAAAUGUCAAAAAAAUUUGUGUUGCUGUAUGGAUUAUAGUCAUGGCUCAAACCUUGCCUCUACUUGCAAACUCUAUGUUAGAAGUUGAUGGGGAUUACAUUGCUUGCAUGGAGUACCCAACCUUUGACAAAAAUGAAAACCUACCUUACAUGCUACUUGGAGCAGUUUUCAUUGGAUAUGUUAUUCCAGUAGUAACUAUUCUGGUUUGCUAUUCUGGACUGUGCUGGAAACUGCACUUUUCAGCAAAACAAAACCACCUCACAGAAAAAUCUGGCCGCAACAAAAAAGCAAUCAGUGUCAUCUUUUUUGUUAUCUUGGUGUUUGUAAUUUGUUUCAGUCCCUAUCAUAUUGACAUCAUACAAUACAUGGUAAAAAAACUACAUCACCAUCCUAACUGCUCAGAAAAACUGGCAUUUCAAGUGUCUCUGCACAUUACAGUAUGCCUCAUGAACUUCAACAGUUGCAUGGAUCCCUUUAUUUACUUCUUUGCCUGCAAAGGGUACAAAAGAAAGGUAAUGAAAAUGAUGAGACGGCAGGUCAGCACUUCAUUUUCUAGUGUGGUCAGGACUUCUCCAGAUGGAUCAUCUAGAGAUGCAAUCGACAAUAACAGAAUCGUUUCAGUUCUUCUUACCAACAAGCUAAAAUCAUGAUGGGGAUAUUUUUAUCAAAGCUGUGCCUAGCUGCCUGAUAACCCACCAGUACUAUUACGAAGGACUGUUUAAACCAGAUGAUGCAGCAUGUAUAAAUGGGUGGACACUUCAUGAGAAAUGUUUCUGGUGCACAGCAAAUCGUGAAAUUGUUAAUCUAAAAUAAAAAGCACAGAAUUCAGCCUUGAAAACUAUGACAACAAAGAUUUCUAAAACUAAAGAAGACACAAGUAUACACUUCCCAGAAGAAAGCUGAACUAAAAUAAUGACUUGACAUACUCUCUGUGUUCUCCAAAGCUAUAUUUAUGUGCAUGUAACAAAAUAUACAUUCAGAUGGGAAAAAAACUGUAAAAAGUAUAUUAAAUAUGUUGAAAAUCUGA